AUGUCUACCGGAAAGCUUGAUCGCAAGGCUGUCAGCACGCUGCCCAUCCCCGAAGCUGAUGCAAACGUUAAUGAUGAUGUUGUUUGGACCUCGACCGAGGAGAGGCUGAAGGCCGUUUGGGAACAAGUUCUCGAGAGUCCUGCCUGUAUCACCCCAGCGACGGAUUUCUUCCACGCCGGCGGCACCUCACUGCCGCUCCUUAGUCUGCGCGAUAAGAUCAGAACCCAGUUCGGAGUCGAACUCAGGCUAUUGGAUCUAUUUGAGGCAAGCGUGCUAUCUAGCAUGGCACGCCGAAUCGAGGGUCAAAUCGAUACGCUGGACGUCAUCGAUUGGGACGAGGAGACGAGACUGCCCCCGUCCUUGGUAGAAAUGGACAGCAACAUGCUUCAGCGGAUCUCGCACUCCUAG